GAGAAGGAAAGCAGAAUCGCUUGUACGUCUCUAUCAUUUCGCGUCUCUGUGUUUGCUCUAUCCCUCUUUCAUUCUUUGCUUCUCUUCGACACAGGAGAGAAGAGAAAGAAAGCUAAGAGAAAAGAAGAUAAAGUUAAGGAAAUCCUUCCAAGCAGCACUAGACGCAUGCUUAUUUAUUUUUUCAAUUAUAUCUUGUGUCUGGGUUUUGCGCUUGGACGGAUUUGAUCUCCAAUUUCUAUUUCUUGUUUGGCUUUGAUUUAUUGAGAAGGCGAGGAAAGAGAAAAUGAUGGUAGCAAACAGUUUCGAUCUGUGGCAAAAAGAUGCCUUCUUUUCGGCAGCUGAAGAGGUUCAGGAAUCUGCUGAUGUAAUGCAAUCAGCUUACAGGAUGUGGAUAAGAGAGAAGAAAGAGGGAUCAAAUCCGGAGUAUCUAGAUGAAUUGUCCAGAGACCUUCAAACUGCGUUAGGUACUGCAAAGUGGCAGUUGGAGGAGUUUGAGAGAGCUGUUAGAUUGAGCCAUGGACAUCGUAGUGAUGAUAUUGCAGCAUCUAGGCAUAAACAAUUUGUUGCUGCUAUUGAAAGUCAAAUAGCAGAUGUUGAAGCAGCAUUGAGGGAAGCUUUUAGUGAGGAAGGAAAGCAACCUCUUCAAUGGGUGACUCUGAAUAAAGAAGAAUGUGAUGAUUUAGCCUUAUUUCUGUCAGGAACUCCCCAGAAUCCACAGAUUGGGAAAGAUAAAUCCACUGAGCAUAGACUUGUGGAAUGUCCUCUAAUGGAGAUUCGUCAUAUGAGAAAAGAUGUUGAACACAAUCUUAAUGCUACCUGCAGUGCAGGUAGUUACAAUGAAAAGGAUGUUAAUGAUGUGGUUACUAUUAAUAAACAUGAUGAAUUUAUCAUAGAUUUAGAGGGAAGAGAAACUUCUAGAAUGAAGGAUGAUAUAAUCUGUCAAUCUGAUAAAACAAUUGGUGCAAGAAGAACAUGGGGUUCACCAAAUGUUGAUGCUUUGAAGAUUGUAAUUGCUGAAGAAUCUGAACACAGAAAUGGAUCAAUGCCAAGAAUUGAGGCCACACCUAAAGAAAAAGGGUCCAAGCGUCUCUUCUGGAAGCCAAGAUCUGGAGAAUAUUCUCGAGCAAAGGGGUCAUCUUAUAUGUUCAAUCAGCUUUUUGGUCAAGUUGGUGGGUUCCAAAGGCAAGCAUCGUCUAACCUACAGUUCAGUUGUUCUGUCCAACUUACAUUAGCUUUGAUGCUAAGUAUUUUUUUGAUUGUGCCUUUCCUGCUUUAUUCAGCUUGAGAGGAAGUGGAAUUUAUUAUUAAGGUGCUGAAGGAGGAUGCAAGCAAUUGCCAACUUCUUCCAUCUGCUAAAGUUUGGGAUUUGGCUAGCCUAGCCUAGCUUUGUGAUUCACAGGAUUGGAACCAGGAACAGGACUGGGUGUAUCCUAGCCACACAAAAGUGUAUAUGCAUUCAUGUAGUCUCAAACUUAUUUGGUAGUGUACAAAAAUCCCAUUUGGGUUGGAACUUCAAAUUUGAGAUCAAAGCCUGGGUGCUAAUUUGUAACAAUGGACCUUUUAUUUGCUUGCGUGUUCAUUAAGCAAUGUUACAUGUUACAUAGGGAUAAAUGGCAGUUUCCCUAUUGGUUAAAUAUAAUAAUGUAUUUAUUAUAUUAAACAUUAUUUGCUCUUUAAUUAAUUAUUAAUUAUUUUACUUUUGAACUGAUAAAAUGAAGAGCGAUGAACAAUCAUUUUAAUUACUCUACGUGUACGCAUGCAAAAAGUUUGUAAUUUCAACGAGGUAUCUGUAAGUUUUUCAGUAUAAUUCCUCCUCUCCCCCUGCCAGCGUAAGGGGUCAUGGGUUCUUUAAAAUUUUUUCAAUUAUUUGGAAUAUUAAAUAAAAUAAUUAUUUAUUAAAAUAUGAAAGCUUGAAUUACAAUAUACCCAAUCUAUUUGGCCUUAUUUAAACAUAUUUAAUCUCCUUUUAUCUGUCAUUUCAUCGGCCUCUCCUGCCCUGUCGGGCGGGAGAGGCCUCCCUCUCUUCCACCAGGCUGUGGGUUUUCCCUCCUCACCACCGGAUGGGAUUGUGAAUAUUUUCUUUUAAUUUCUCCUUUUGCAGCAAUCAGGGCUUUUUGUGAAAUCUCUCUUUUGGAUUGCUUGUUUUCUUCAGCUCUAGUCGAUUUUGUGUGUUUUCUCCCUUUGUUUGUUGUAAGCCUACGGUUAUUUAUGCGCUUUCUCUUGAUUUGCUUUUUUUGGGAGCCAUUGUUGUUGUUUUCAUUUGGCUGGUAUGGACCUCUCUAAAGCAUAUGCAAGACAAGAUUUAGGGAGUUCUGUAACUGGAGGUUUUAGAGUUUCGCUUUUAGCGUGUCGGGACUUCGAGAGAUCCACAAUGGUUUGGAACUCUUCUAGUCCAGAGCUAACGAGCAGGUCUUGGUAGCCUUCGCGGCAUGGUCUCGUCAGUGUGUAGCCCGCCACUCCCAGUUCGUUUUGGUGCUCUGACUGUCAUCUUUGUCGGGUCUCCUCCCUGUACAGACCUCCUCUUGUCUUCCCAAGACUAUCGUCUUUUGCUCUUGUUGCUUACAAGACUUUCUCUAGGCUUCUUUUACUUCUCAAAGUGUAUGCGGUUAAUGUUAGAUUUCAUCAAUAGGGGCAGCAAUAAAGUUUGGUGAUUAGCAAUUAAA